CGAUCAUUUCUGUUUAUGAAAUGGAAACGUCACUUUUCUUUUCCAUGAAUGUGUAAAAAAAUCCAACAAACAGUGCUUUGUGAUGUGUUUAUAAUAAUCGUUUUUAGUUAGAUAAUAAGUAAAAUGGCAGAUUUUGAUGCAAUUUAUCCAGAUGAGACUGAGAGUGAGGAGAAUAUAGAGGAGACACAUGUGACGUUAGUGCCAGAUCCAAUAGUCGUCCGUGGAGCUGGUAACAUGACAGUUUUUGGCUUAAGCAACCGCUUUAAUACGGAGUUCCCAUCUGGGCUGCAGUCGCGAGUGGCACCCGAAGAGUACCAGGCGACGGUGGCCCGCAUCAACAGCGUUCUAAAGAAGACCUUGCCUGUCAACGUCAAAUGGCUGUUCUGUGGCUGUGUUUGCUGCUGUUGUACAUUAGGAUGCUCUCUCUGGCCAGUUAUAUGCCUUAGUAAAAGGACUCAACACUCUCUCAACAAAUUAUUGGAAUGGGAGAACAGCAGAUUAUACAACAAGCUGGGACUCCGCUGGCGCCUGACGAAGCAGCACUGUGACUCGUCAUCUAUGAUGGAAUAUGUACUUCUUAUAGAAUUCAUACCCAAAAUACCAAUAUACAGGCCUGACUAAAUUCUCUGCUCCAAGGCUUGCCUGUGGGCUACAUAAACGAUCUGUAAAUAAUAUAAUCCUAAAAUCGUAAACAAUAUUGUAUCAUCGCAUCUAGCAUUAUGUAUGUUACAAGUGACCACAAUAAGCGAUUUGUGCACAAGCAUUUCGGCCCAGGGUACAAUCAAUAAUUAGCAUUGACUAAUAACUUUAAGAAAAGAAUAUCACACUCCAUAUUUUCAAUGAUAGCCCAGAAAUACAUGUGUCAAAGAAAUUUUAUGUUCUUUGGGUGUCUAUAUAAAUCAGUAUAGGUACUAAAAACAAGAACUUGCAGCAGCAACUCGUAUAAGUAGAUCUAAGGAGCUUUAUCAAAUUGGAGUGUGGAAGUUGUAGUAAGAAAAUUUGCAAAUCAGAUUGUGCACAGUACUUGGGUAAGUCUUACACUUCCUUGUAAACGGACAAAUAAAUUUAAAUGGUAUAGUUACUUGCUUUUUGUGUAUAGAUGUCACUGAAAAUUGCAAGCUUUUAUUUGCUUAAAUGCAAAAUGUUAACUUAAUGUGUAUGUUAAAGUACUAUACUUCUUAAGAUAAUACUUAAUGAUCUUAAUGAUGUUAAAUUCGUAUUGUUGGGAAGUUGUUGGGUUUUAGAAACUAUCCUCUUCGAAAAAUGAGGCUGGCAAAAAAGAAAUAGUUAGGUUUCUACUUUAUUAGUUGAAUCUUGUGUGUGACUCAUACACAUUACUCACUUUUAACUUUGUGCUGCAGUUAUUUUUUAACGUUUCGACCUUUAGACAUUACUUCAGAUAACUUUAUAUCUGAUAGUUUAUGUUGAAGUGCUUGUAAUCUAGUAAUAAUAACCUAUGUUUUAUAAUUAAUGUUGUAACUUGUAUGAUGAUUUACUGUAUAGCAGUUUUUAUGUUAGAGAAAUAAAAUGUUAGUGGGAACACCUACUAAAUUGGUGGGCAAACAAACUGAUAUGGUUACAGCCGUUAUCCAGCCUUACAACCGUCAUAAACAUUAUUAGAACAGUUAGGUAUGUGAUAUGCAAUUUGUUUUGUAAUCACUUAGCUUCGUGCAAUAUAGUCAGCUCUAUUUUUACUCACGUUUAUGAAUGCCAUUUCUAUUGGUAUAACACUCAUUCGUUCUCUCAAUUUGUCGUAAUUAAUUCUAUUGGUUGCAAUAAACGUAAGUCAAUUUCAUUGAUAACAAAUCAUAUUUUGUAACUUUUAAAAUUUUCUUCGUAUUGUUUUCCAGCCUGAUACUUUACUAAAUGUAUGUUUUGUACCUGAAUUGUCAGUUUCUACAGAUUUAGGAAUACGUUAAAGCCAUAGCGAGGAAAUACGAAAGAUAAUUCUUAAUUAAUACGCUAGGGAAAUGUUCGGGACUGUGUUAUUAGACAAUUAGUUAUUAUAAAAGUAUGUACGUAUUCUAUAUUAGAAAAAUCCCGCCCUCUUUUCCCUUUUCAACGUGUUGUGAAUGUGCCGGAUUUUCGUUAAAUAUUGUAGUCGCUAUUUCGCAAUAAAGUCUCACCGCAUUCAUAACUAUUGGGAGAACACAAAUUGGAGCGUUGUCUUGCCAUCCAACAUGUCUCAAGUUGUUUUUGUCGGCAACGGUUGAAAAGUGAACAGGGUAUGUUGACAUUAAGUUGUAAUUUAAGGAAUUGUAAAUAUUUUAAGUACGUAUAGAUUAUUUUUGUUCAAAUAAAGCUCACUUAAUGUGAUGUAA